AUUUUUUGUCCAUGCAAAUUAGCAGCUGUUUGCUGGGGGGUCGUAGUCGAAUCUUUAUUUUUUUUUUGUUCUUGUUUCUUGAUUCCUAUUCGAUUUACUUCUUCCAUUAGAUUGGUGACAAAGUGCGUCACUUCUCACUUGGUAAUUAACAAUUCAAACAUGGAAAUGGUACCAGAAACGGAAAUCCAAGAUGAAGGCAUUCUUAAGCAGCAAAGAGAGAUUGAAAAAGAGGUUGCAGAGAUCCAUCCCUUGGUUGGAAAUAAACAACCACUGACAUGUCUACUGAAAGAGUACAUGGAUGAUCCUAUAUAUACAAAUAAGUUGACAAAAUUGGCUGGUGUGUAUCAGUCGAUCAGAAGGGUGCGACCAGAUGGAAACUGUUUUUUCAGAGGAUUUGGAUUUUCCUAUUUUGAAAGACUUCUGGAUAAUGAGGAAGAAUGGAAAAAGUUUCAGGCUAUUGUGAUGGGCACAAAGGAUCAGCUGAUAUCGCAAGGAUUUCCUAAAUUUACUCUAGAAGACUUCUUUGAUUCGUUUAUGGAAGUAGUUAACCGCCUUGGAGGUGAGGGGAAAAUGGACGCAGAAGAAUUAAGUCGAAUUUUCAACGAUGCCGGAACCAGUGAUUAUUUGGUUGUUUAUCUCCGCCUUGUAACAUCUGGACAAUUACAAAAAGAGGAAGACUUCUACCAGAAUUUCUUGGAGGGAGGCAAGAGUAUGAGAGAAUUUUGUCAGCAGGAAGUUGAACCCAUGUAUCGCGAAUCGGAUCAUAUGCAUGCCAUAGCCCUAGGAUCAGCUUUGAAAGUUGGUAUUCGAGUUGUUUAUUUAGAUCGAGGUGAAAUUACCACUAGUCCUCCAGAACAUGAUUUCCCAGAAGAUUGCACUCCUUCCGUUUAUCUGCUAUAUAGACCCGGCCAUUACGAUAUUCUGUACAAGUAAAGACGAAUAAAACCGAAGAUAUUUCCCUUUUUCAAGAAAUGAA